ACAUGCAGUCAUUCAUUGAGUCUCUUUUGCACUAGCGCGUAGCUUUCCUGCCGAGUCCCGUGGCUGUUUGGACGAUGUUUGUGUGCAGAGCCGCCUGGCAGAGGUGUGGGCCUCUGGCGCGACAGUCCCUGUAUCGCGCGCAACUCUAUAGAGAUGUAGUUCCUCGGAGGCUUAUGUCAUCAGUUCCUGGCGGCUCAGGCGACAAUAUCCUUUAUGCCAUCCUCUGUGGUGGGACUUUUGCAGGUGCCUUAGCAUAUGCUUACAGUACCGUGGCAACAGACCAUGCCCGUUUUGUUGACCGUGUUUCUGAAAUUAACACUCGCCCCAAGUCGGAGUGGAAGCCCAAACCAUGGCCACCCAAGAGUGGGGAUGAAGGUGAUGAAGAAAGUGGAGAAGAGAUAGCAGGUGGGGCAGAGGAUGGAGAGGAUGUGGAAAUAGCUGAGAGCACAGCCAAGGAGGAAAACGUAACUGCUGAGGCAGCAUCAGAGGUCGGUUUGGGAACGGUUGAGUCGGCAGGAGCUCUGGAGACUGUUGUGGAAACCGUUGCCGAGACGGUUGUAGAGACUGCAGGGGUUGUCGCUGAAGCAGCAGAAGAGGUGGCAGCAGUGGCAGAGGAAGUGAAGAAGAUGGCAGAGGAAAUCGAGGAAGCAGCAGAGGCUGUUGUAGCUCCUGUCAUCCAAGCUGAAGAGCCUGCAUCAGAGAGCAAUGUGGCUCAGCCACAGUUGAUCAGCCCAGUAACUGUGGAAACCAUAGGGCUGGCUGCUGCGUCUGUGAUCGAAGUUGUUCCUGUGGAACCUGUAGCAGUGGAAGAAGUGGUUGCUGGACCAGGGGCUUUAGUGACCAUUGAAGCAAUCCCAGAGAAGCCUGCUGAGGUGCCUGCAGCUGAUGAGUUAAGAAGCAAACCGGUAGCAGAGCUGGCACCCAUUGCCCCAGUGAUCGAGGAGUCACCAGUUUCUCUAGUUACAGUAGCAGAGGAGGCUCAAGUUGAUUCACCUGUUUCCCCAGAAGAGGUACCUAUUGCCCAUGUAACAGAAGAGGCUCAAGUUUCCCCAGUAGCAGAGGAAUUAUCUGUUGUGACAGAAGAAGCAUCUGGUUCCCCAUUUGCAGAGGAGGUAUCUGUUGUCCCACUAAUGGAAGAAGCACCAGUUGAAAUUGAGGCACCCAUUGCCCCUGUGAUAGAGUCUCCACUUUCACCAGUAGCAGAGGAAGCACCAAUAGUGGAAGAGGCACCAAUUGCCCCAGCAGCAGAGGAAGCACUAGUAGUUGGGGAGACACCAGUAUCCCCAGAUGCAGGGGAAGCACUAGUAUCCCCAGAAGCAGAGCAGGCACCAGUUGCCACUGUAAUAGAAGAGGCACCUGUUUACCCUGUAGCAGAGGAAGCACUAGUAGUAGAAGAGGCACCAAUUUCCCCGGUAACGGAGGAAGCGCUAGUAGUUGAGGAGGCACCAGUAUCCCCAGAAGCAGAGGAGGUAUCUGAUGCCAUGGUAACAGAAAAGACACCAAUGUCCAUAGAAGCAGAUGAGGCACCUUUUUCGUUGGUAACAGUAGAACCUCCUGUUGCUGUGGCUGAAGAAACUCAGCCUGUUGUAGCAACCGAGGAGGCAGUAGCUGCACAUGAGGAAACACCUGGAGCCCCAGUAACCAAAGAGAAUCCUGUUGUACCCAUAGUUGAGGAGGCCAUAGAGGCACCAGCAGUUGAGGAAGUGAAGGCAGCAGCAUGUUUAGAGAUGACAGCAGAAAGGGGAGUUGUGGAGGCUUCAGAAAGUAUGUUUGAGGAAGUAGCAGCAAAUCCAGUUGUGGAAGUUACAGAAAGUGUGGUUGAACCAGAUGUAGCAAGUGCAGUGGUGGUAGAUGCUACAGUUGAAACAUCAAGUUUACCUGAUGUUUUGGAAGAUCCUGUUAAUGAAUCCAAACGGGACUUCAUAGUGGUUGUUCUGGAGGGAGCUCACAAUACAGAAAAGAAGCCCAAGGUGCUGGGUGUGUCCCCCUUGACUGGCAGGAUCAUUCAAGCCCCUGAUGAUGAUGACAAUGAGUCAUCAGGACAGGGCAUGCGCCGUUUGCUUAAGGUACAGAUGCAUUAGCACCAGAUAAGCAGUUUAUGUUUUGAGAAGUUAGAUCUCCUGGGUUGGUGAAUUUAUUCCCGGAUUAAGAAUUAGUAAUGUGCCUUACCCCUUCCCCAUAUCCUACUUUAACUUUAAGCUCAUCUUCAAUUUGACUCCAGGAUUUCUUGUGAUCGCAACAUUUGCCUAACACCCCAGAAUGGUGCUACCUUCCCACUCUGUUGUGAAUACACAUCUAUUUUCAUAAGAACUCCACUGGCAUUAAUGCAUCGUUACUCCAUGUGAAAAUUUACUUGAAUAUUUUCACUUACUCUUGCAUGAAAAUCUGUGACCAAUCUUUAUACAUUUGUUUAGCCUUUUUUAAAUGGAACUCCACCUUCGGUGUUUUUUAGUCAAUGGCAUUAUGUAGCCUACUUAACUACAGUUAACCCUACCUCAAACCUCACAGUAGUAGGAUAUAUUUUCUAGUUGCCAUGUCAAAAGGUACUAUACCAGCAAAGCUGCAAAUUUGCCACAAAAUACUGCCAUGCAUGCAAACUGAUUACCAGUUUUCUCUGGUUAGAGUUCAGGCUUUCCACUUUCUUUGCUGUUAAGUUUAAAAUUCAGCACUAGAUUGGAUUUGAAUUAUUUUUGAAUUAUCACUAAUUUUGUUCCUGUCUACCUCAGCUUGAAUUCAUUUCCAAAUACAAAGAUCGUAUUCUUCUUUUUACACUUUUCCAACAACCAGUAUUGAGCUAGCAUUUAGUUUGCAACAUGACUAGGCCAACAACACAACCAAAGACAAACAGAUUGCAAUUAACAAUAUAAUUAAUACAGCAUCAUCUUGUUAUAAAUUACUGUUAAUUUAAAUCAUUCUUUAUAUUUAAAGCAAACAGUGCAAAUGGUGUCUCAGAGACGGUGUCCUCUGAUGGUUUUGCUUUCUCAGAUGGGACUGUUGUGCCAGUUAUCAGAAAGCUAAACCCUCCUUUGGUUAUAAAACGUGUUGCUUGACAAAAGCAUGAGGUCACUAUCCUUAUUGUUGCAAAAAAGAAAUAAAAGCAAGCUCCUUAAGCCUAUAACGCCAACGUUACAUUUGUGGCAAAAUCAAUCUCAUUUUAGAUGCUUGCAGCACAGGCUGUGUUAUGAAUCAUGGAUUGCUGAUUUGACAGUUAAUGAUUAGUUAUAAAGCACUCUCACCAACUUUUACACAGAUUCUAGACUGAUAGACUUGACCCAAGAGGGCAAAAUAAGGUCAGUUGAAAAAUAUAGAAAACCUUAAUAUUUUGUCUUUAAUUUUGUUCAUACAUCUUUGAGAAAGGGACCUUGUAUGCUUAAAAAAGGAAAUUUUCAGGAAGAACGUGAAGAAGGUUUCAGUGUCACAGGGGCGUUUUGAUGUUAUAAGGUUCAAGGGAUAGAAGUUGUAUUUGUGCUGUUUUGUUUCUUUCACUGUAAGCUAUAAA